CUAUUCAGCGCUUCCGCCUAACUUGCUGCAAAGUUUUUCUAGAGAAGUCGCUUCUUUUACUCAGCGCUCCUGCAGGCUGCUAGAGCUAACCUUCCUCUUCUUAGCUGGGUUUGCACUACGCUCGGGCUUUUUGAACUUUGCUUCUCCCACAGCCUAGGAGCUGGAGCGGGAGCGCGGCGACCGUGUGCCUCCGCGCGCCCGAGGGGAGCCGAACCCCGGAGGAAGGGGCGGAUCGGGCGCGGUGUUGGGACGGAGCGGGGCGCGCGGCGCUCGAAGCACCCACUCGGCGCAUUCCGGGGCUGGUGGAGACAGCAUGGGUACUGCUGCGACCGCACCCCUCGAGCCGUAGAUUCGCAGGCCCACGGCAGUCCGACUCGACGGCGUCCCCAUUGUGGGUCCAGUCUCUGGUCAUUGGAGGUCUUUUCUUGCAUCUACGCUCAGCUCUCUGGCGCGCGCUCCCUCCUCCACAGAGUUGGCCAAAGGCGCCCUUCUUGCAGACCCCAACCACACCCAGUGGCCGAUGGAUUUCUUUGUAACUGGCUUUCUCACUUGUAGGGUCCAUUUUGAGUCUGUUCUUAACAUGGUGUCCUCAUUGUCAAGUAGACAGUCUCUUUCUAGAUGGAUAUGGUAAUGGAAAAUAUAUAGGGUGAAUGUAUAUAAGGUAAAAUGUUGUAACUCUUUAAGUAGACCAACAAAACAGGGUAGCUUUAAGGUAUAGAAUACAAAAGUUCAGGUUCAGUUUUGCUUAAUUCGGGGGGGCGUUUAGUAUUUGUGAGCUAUUUUAGCCAAAACAUUCGUUGGGUGUGUUUGGAUAUCAAAAGUCUAAAAACACCAAGAAAAUAAAAUAAGUCAAUAUUAAGGAAUUCGUAAGAAUGCUGAACUUUGGUUAUAGCAGUGGUGAAAAAGACACUAAACUGUACAUCAGGAUAGGAAUUUCAUUAACUUGAGUGACUGUGUGUUAGGCUUAGUUUACUGUUUUUUUGUUUUUUUUUAUGCAGCCAGGGAUCUGAUUUAAGAGUGUACCUUAAAGUUAGUAUUCUCAGGUUGAACAGAUAGAAACCACUUAAGUUGAGGGAGUGAAAUAACCUGACAUUUUGCAAAGUUUUAGCUGCAAAUCCAUAUAAGUGAAUUUAUUAUCUUUUAGCAAAACCGUAUAUUUCUGAUACUUAUAAAGGAAGACAUUGCAUUGGGUUAACAUUUUUCAGGCCAUUAGCAUUUCAUGAGGAUGGUAAGCAUAGUAGACCACGUUCAUUUUUGUUAAAAUUCUUAUUAAUAAGAUGAGCCCCGAGUGUAGAAAAUUGUUAACAAAAGGGGAGGGAGGGAAAAAAUGCAGGUAUCUGACCUGUUUUGCACAUCCAGAUUAUUCUUUAUUGUUGCAGUGAAAGUAAGAAUGAAUGUCAGUUCAAAAUGUUAUAUCUGUUUUUAUGGAAGGGUAAAGGAAUAUACAACCACAAUGAAUACCUAUCUGUACAUCAAUAAUGUAUGAGCUUUUAAAUGGUUGAGUUUUUUUUUAGAAAUUAUUAUCACACUUUAAAUUCUAUUCUCUUCUUUCUUAUCAGUAUAUGUGGUCCCAAGUUUUUGUAUCUUGAAGCAUUCCAGAAGAUAUAUUUUAGCAUAAAUAUACAAUUUGACUUCAGAAUGUACUUUAAACAUGUCCUUUAAUGUACUUUUAUUGUUUACUUUUCUGUUUGGAAUUGUUCUUAUGGAAGCAUUGUCUGCUUUAGAUCACUUAAUACAACUUUUUUUGGCGGGGGAGGGGAUGAUGAAAGUUUUGAGUCUUGCUCAGUUUCCUUUAGGGACUCUACCAAAAGUUUUGUGAUAAAGCACUAUAAGGAGAAGGAAAGAAUUGUGGUGAAGUUGAAAUUUUUAUUAUCUGAUUCCAGGUGUGUACUAUGAAUGUUUUAGUUCUGUAUGGGGGUGUUGGCUUUACGUGGUAAGCAAUUUUCAUGGGAUGUUAGAAAGCGCAAGUGAGUAUAAAGAGGUAGUAUGGUGGUAGUGGUAGUAGAAUAUCUGGCUUGGAAUCAGAUCUAGAUUGUUCUAGGUUUGUGAUUUUUGGCAAGAUUCAUUUUCCUGAUCUUGAAAUAAACAAAGAAAGUGAACUAGAUUGAGCCUAACUUCCCUUCUAAACUUUGAGUUUUGUGAUUUUUAUAAAUAUAUGACGUAUUAUCAUGGAGUAGCAAUGAUGGGUUAUGGGCCAGAAGUGGAGAAGGUUUUCUUUUCCUCUUAAAUUUAAACACAUAAUAUGAAGCAUAAUUGAAUCAAGAGUAUAAAAACAUUUUACUAACAGGUUUUGCAGUCAGUUUUAAAAUCUUGGUCUUCAUUUCCAGAUAUCGUCUCUUUUGAUCACUGUUCCUGAUUGUGGCUUUGUCCAAGCAUUAAAUUGCGUGCCUUUUGUUCCUUGAAGAAGGAGGUACUGGGAUACCACAGUAUCAUAUAAUUCCUCUCACCAAAUACAGUAAAAAAAGUAAUAUGAUGAAGAAUGAAAACUUCAAGUAAUGAAGUAAACAAGAGGCUGCUCUAUGAUGACUGACCAAAAUGAUUUGGAUUAUUCCAUCUUAAAAAUUCUGGUGCUAACGAGUCCCAACUCAGCCCCUGGCCCCAGCUCAGAACUCUGGAUUCAUUCUCUUCCUUCCCAUACCUCAGCCCAAGCUUUCUAUCUCCUCAGAGGGUACCACAUGAUCUUCCACUGAAGUCCUCACUUUCUAGAAUCUCAAGAUGAAGAAACGAAGACAGAGAUUGAGACUUGUCUAGAGUAACACAAACCAAUGACAAAACUGAGGUUCAGAGAACUUGAAGCUUGCCCAAUGUCACAGAGCAGAGACAGAAGUAAAACUUGUAUUUCCCGACUUGCAGAUUAGUGUUAUUUCUACUUCAAGCUAUUACUUCUUGGUGAGUUAAUGUGGGAAAAAUUCUGGUAUUUUGAAGAUGUCUUGGCACAGUAUUGUUUCCUGUUUAAAUUACAAGUAACUUCAGUUUUUAGAGAAAAAAGAAGUUGGGAUUUUUUUGUAAAAUCAUGCCAUCUGAACAGAAACCAUUAUUUUUUGAUGAAAAACAAACUACUUUAAAAAAUUACGAUGUGAAAAAUGAGAUAGUGGAUACUAUCAGAUCAGUACCUAGGCCAAAAAUUGCAGAAAGUAGUUUUCAUUAUGAACUUAAAAAUGUGAAAAUUGAUUUGCCGAAGAUACAUAUUCCAAAUGAAGUCUUUUUGAAACAUGAAGUUGACAAAUACAAAAAAUUAUUUCAGCGUCAACCACAGACUGCAAGAAAAUCUAUCAGUGUAAAGACUGUAAGCUGUGUAGAGGAGUGUAUGUUGCUCCAUAAGUCUGAGAGAGUUGAAGAAGAGGGUUUAAAAAUGUCUGCAAAAAUACUCAAUUUCAACUGUUUAAAAUGCCGAGAUAGCACUCGAUAUAGUCCAAAUGAUUUGCAGAAACACUUUCAAAUGUGGCACCAUGGUGAAUUACCUUCCUAUCCUUGUGAAAUGUGCAGUUUUUCAGCAAAUGACUUCCAGAUAUUUAAACAACACAGACGGACACAUAGAAGCACUUUAGUAAAAUGUGACAUUUGUAACAAUGAGAGUGUAUAUACUUUAUUAGACUUGACAAAGCAUUUUGCAUCCACACAUUGUGUAAAUGGUAGUUUUCAAUGUGAAAAGUGCAGAUUCUCCACCCAGGAUGUUGGCACAUUUGUUCAGCACAUUCAUAGACAUAAUGAAAUCCAUUAUAAAUGUGGUAAGUGCCAUCAUGUAUGUUUUACCAAAGGAGAGCUUCAGAAGCACCUUCAUGUUCAUUCUGGUACAUUUCCCUUCACUUGUCAAUAUUGUAGCUACGGUGCUACUAGGAGAGAGCACCUGGUAAGACAUGUUAUAACUUUGCACAAAGAACACUUAUAUGCGAAAGAAAAACUGGAAAAAGACAAAUAUGAAAAGAGGAUGGCAAAGACUUCAGCAGGACUUAAGCUGAUACUGAAAAGAUACAGAAUAGAUGCAUCAAGGAAGACGUUCUGGAAACGCAAAAAGAUCAACAACGGAAGUGACAGAAGUAUAGAAAAAAACACUCAAGUGCUCAAGAAAGUGAACAAAACACAGGCUAAAUCUGAAGACCAGAGCCAUCUUAUUCAAGAGCAUUUAAAUGAAGAAAAGGAUGAAAGACCACACUGUGAGAAUAAUGAUAAACCUGCUGAGUCAGAGUCAGAAAAGCCAACUCUUCUGUCCACUGGGCAAUGUAAUAGAGUUGAAGAGGGAUCAAAUUCUACUCUAGGUUUCUUGAAGACUGCUGUACAAGGACCUACAGUGUUAAUGGUGAAAAAUAAUAGAAUAACAAUUCCUGCUAACUACAGUGCUGAUUUUAUGGGCUUUAAGAUGGUGGAUGGAAAACAACAUAUUGUAAUAAAAUUGUUACCUACCAAUAAACAGAAUUUAUAUUCACCAGGCUCACAGUCAGAUGCUGCAAAGGACAGUACUGCCAAUUUGCAGCCCCGGACUUUGGACACUACUGGAUUUUUAGCAGGAGUAACAACUGAAUUAAGUGACACAGUUUACAUGAAAGCAACUACCCCAUUUUCAUGUUCAUCUCCUAUACUUUCAGGGAAAGUAACAUCAGAAAAAGAAAUGGCUUUGCUAUCUCAAACAAGUAAUAUGCUUCAAACAAUGGAUGAUGAAAAAAAUGUGUCUUCUUUGUCAGCAUCAGAAUUAGUUUCGGCAUCAGUGAAUUUGACCACAAAAGCUGAAACAAAAGAUAAUAUUGACCUGUGGGGAAGUUAUAUUACUCAGAGUCACCCUGAGAUAUCAGGUGCUGCCAUUAGAAGUCCAGAUAAAGUCAACUCUACUACCAAACAAAAUGCAUAUAACAGUGGGGAUAUGCAUAACUAUUGCAUUAAUUAUGUCAACUCUGAGUUACCUGUUGAACCUUCCAACCAAGGAUCAUUGCCCUUUCAUAAUUACUCAAAAGUAAAUAAUUCUAAUAAACGGCGUAGGUUUUCAGGAACAGGAAUGUGUGAAAACCCUCAAAAAGAACCUUCAUCAAGCAAGACAGUUGUUCAACAACCAAUAAGUGAAUCAGUUUUGUCACUAGUGAGGAAAGAGAGCUCAAAUCCAGAUAGCAUGUUAGCAUCUAUUAGCCUUUUGAAUACUAAAGAUGGAACUUUAAAAAUGCAAGCUGAAAUUGAAGAACAGUGUGUUUUAGAAAAAGGACAGAACAGCGACGGACAGAACUUAUACACUAAUGAAAAUCAAAAUUUAGAGAGCUUGACUGAAAAAUCUAAGUGGGAUAACAUUUCUAAUGUUGAGUCACCUAUGAUGCCUAGAAUCACCUCUGUUUUCUCUCUCCAGAGUCAACAGGCAUCAGAAUUUUUGCCGCCUGAAGUAAACCAGUUACUUCAGGAUGGAUUAAAAACAAAAUCUGAGGUAAAACAAGACUCUAGUAAUAACAACACCCCAGAUAAAGGCCUGCCACUUCAUUGUGACCAGUCAUUUCAGAAACUUGAGGGAGAAGGCAAGAUAGUUGAAUCUUCAAAAGACUUCAAAGUACAAGGCAUUUUCUCUGUUCCAUCUGGUAGUAUAGGGAUUAAUGUGCCUACCAAUGAUCUGAAUUUAAAAUGUAGUGGAAAAGAAAAACAAAAUCUGUCAAUAUCACAAGAUGUGAGAGAUUCAGAAAAGACACCUAGAAUUUCAGGUAUUGGCACAUUACUUAAGACUCAGUCAGAUGCAAUAAUAACACAGCAGCUCGUAAAAGAUAAACUGCGAGCCACUACACAAAAUUUAGGUUCUUUAUAUAGGCAGAGUCCACUUCUGAAUUCAGAACCAAAAAAGGCUAUAUUUGUUCAGACUCCAAAAGGCUUUUUUGUACCAUUGCACAUUGCUAACAAGCCUGGAUUACAUGUUGUUUCAGGAAGGCCACUUCCAUUGGUUAAUACACAAGGUGUACCUGCUUCUCUUCUUUUAAACAAGAAACCUGGGAUGAUUUUAACAUUUAAUAAUGGGAAACUUGAAGGUGUUUCCACUGUCAAAACUGAGAGUGCUCAGGCUUGUGGAACUACAGCUAAGGAGCCUUGCAGAAUACCUUUUUUAAAGGUAGAACGAAACAGUAAUUGUCUGACACCUGCACUUUGUUCCAGCAUUGGCAGUUGUUUGAGCGUGAAAAGUAGCUCAGAAAAUACUUUGCCAUUAAAAGGCCCUUACAUCAUCAAAACAUCAGCAAAUUCUUCAGCGAAAGCUGUUCCUACGCCUAAUACAGUACCUGAGCAUCAGGGCACCAAGUUGAAUAUCUUGGACUCAGUAAAACAGCAGAAUGAGAUUUUUCCAAAACCACCUCUUUAUACCCUCUUGCCUGAUGGCAAACAAGCUGUUUUUUUAAAGUGUGUGAUGCCAAAUAAGACUGAGCUGCUUAAGCCUAAAUUAGUCCAAAAUAGUACAUAUUAUCAAAACAUACAGCCAAAGAAACCUGAAGGAACACCACAGAAAAUAUUGCUGAAAAUUUUUAACCCUGUUUUAAAUGUGACUGCUGCUAACAAUCUGUCUGUAAGCACCUCUGCAUCCUCAUUGCAGAAAGACAAGGUACCAUCUAAUCAGACUACGGGAGGAGAGCAGAGAGAGCCAGAAUCUUCUAGAGAUGCCUUACCCUUCUUACUAGAUGAUAUGAUGCCAGCAAAUGAAAUUGUGAUAACUUCUACUGCAACAUGCCCAGAAUCUUCUGAGGAACCGUUAUGUUUCACUGACCAUUCAGAUACCAGGGUAUUAAGGUGUAAAACAAAUUGUACAAUCGAGAGAAGCUUCAAUAGAAAAAAGACUUCGAAAAAAAAUUUUUCAAGAGUAAAAACUCAUGCAAGAAGUAAAGAUUCUGAAACUGCCUUUGUAUCUAGAAACAGAAACUGUAAACGAAAGUGUAGGAAUAGUUAUGAAGAACCUCCAAGAAAAAAAGCAACAUUACAUAGAAAGUGUAAAGAAAAGUCUAAACCUGAAGAUGCCCGUGAAUCAUUUGAUUUUAGCAGACCAAGGCUUUCAAGAGAUUCAGUCAGAACUUUGCGGCUUUUCCCCUUUAGUUCCAAACAGCUUGUGAAAUGUCCUAGGAGAAACCAACCAGUUGUAGUUUUGAAUCAUCCUGAUGCAGAUGCACCAGAAGUAGUAAGUGUGAUGAAAACUAUUGCUAAAUUUAAUGGACGUGUACUUAAGGUUUCAUUGUCGAAAAGAACUAUCAGUGCUUUACUGAAGCCAGUUUGUGAUAAUGCCUCGAAAACAAUUUAUGGUGAUUUUUCCAAAAGACAUAAAACAUUGAAACCUGUUAGUUCUGUGAAAGAAAGAUUUGUGCUAAAAUUAACACUCAAAAAGACAAGCAAAAACAAUUAUCAGAUCGUGAAGACUACCUCUGAAAAUGUUCUGAAAGCUAAAUUUAACUGUUGGUUUUGUGGUAGAGUAUUUGACAAUCAGGAUGCUUGGGCUGGUCAUGGGCAGAGACAUCUAAUGGAAGCCACUCGUGACUGGAAUAUGUUAGAAUAAUUUACUGUAGUUACCAAGGAAAAGAAAAGUAAAAUUAUCUUAGAAGAAAACAUGGGUUGAAUUACCUUAAGGCAGACGUUUUCUACUUCAGUAUAGUACCUAAAAUUGAGCAUCUGAAAGUUGGCUGAAUUUCCAUGGGAGACUAAAAAAGUUUCAUGUGUGAUAUUUGAAAAUGCUAUCACUGCACACAUAAGUUUAGCAAGAAACUAAUUGCAGCACAGAUGUACCUUGAUUUAAUUUUUUUAAAUGUGUUCUUGAGAAGUUAGGGCUAAAGAAAAUUUUGAUAAAACAGUUUUCCCAAUUUAGUUAUAUAGUGACUCUUAGUAGAGGGUCAUGGCUGACAGCUGCAUCCCCUCUCCCCUUCCACCAGCCUUAUGAAUCUGUUAAGUGUAGCUUCUCUGAAGAUGGAGGAGGCUCUUUCACCACGGAGCUGAAGGAGUUUCUCCUCAUUUUUGAAGACACACCAAGAGUUUGAGUAAAGAACUUAACUUUACAUCUGCUAAAUAUAGUUCUUUUUGAAGGCUAUUAGGCUCCUCUGAGAGCACAUUUAACUAACUACAGAUACACCACAUAAUGCUUGAACAGAGUUUUUCACAAGUAAAUCUCUUUUCUCUACACUGUGUCCCAAAUCAGGAAUUGGAAUACCUUCCCAAGGUUAUUUUCUUUUUCUAAAUGGCUAUGUCAGGCAUUACAGUAGAUGGGCAGCCUCCAAAAAAUUAAACUCUCUUGGUCCAGUUUAAAGUCUGAUUAAAGAACUUGAACAUUUUUCUGAAUUUGAUGAUAAUCUCCAGUGAUUCUCUUGCACAGAACUAUGCUUAUUUGAUUUAAAUUGUUUGUCCCCCAUAAACCAAAUGGCCAAUUUUUAUCUUGGUUUUCAUCCAUUUAAAAAGUGGAACAUAGAAGCACUUCCAAGGGAAUGGCUUUUCUUGAAAAUUAAGAAUCACUCUACAGAAACAGUAUUUUGAAGCAAGAUUAGCAAAGCAAAUCAGAUUUUUGCUCUUUAGUUACUAUAGGUGUCUGAAGAUGUAUGUACACAAUGGGACAAAUCAUUUUUGUUAGCACCUUUUUGGUCUCCCUGACAACCCAAAGCAGAUUAUUUUACUGAUUGUUGGCAGUUGAAAUGAAGAAGCAUUAAUAGUGGACUCAGUGGCAGGACAUAAAACUUCAGGACAGAUUCCUAGGGGAUAUACCCAGCAGGUAGAGUUUUAAAAUGGAUACUUUCAGGACAACAGAAUCAUCGACUGAAACUUCACCAUGUAAGUUUGGAUCAAAUUUUGUUGGAUUAUUGAAUAAUGGAGUUCUUAUAUUACAAAUUACUGUAUAAUUUUUGUUAUAUUGUUACUAUAAGUGUUAAAACAUUUUCAUUAAUUGAAAACUUCAGGGCUUCUUUUCUGUAUAUAAGAAAGAAUUUAAACCUGUACAUAUUUUUGUACCUUUCAGUUUGUUAUGUAAAUUUUGCACAGAAGAUUUUUGACAUAAAAAGUUUAUUUUCUUUCAAUUUAGUUCUGUGCAUGCACUAAUAAAACUGGUUGUUUAAGUUAAAAGGAAUAUGUAAGACUUUACCCAUGUUAUUUUCUUGGUUUUUAUUUUAGAUGUAGAAUUAUUUUUUUUUUUUUGGGUAAAUUCAUUUUUCAGGGAUUGAACACUAUUGUUAGCAAGUGCCUAAAAGAUGUGAAACAGUUUACAUAUGUCAACUGUAACAGUAGGUCCCAAAUGGGCCCAUUUCCCCAAAAGUUUUAUUUUAAAGAAAGCCAUACAUAGAUGCUUCAAGCUAUCUUGCUAUGCACAUUAUACACAUGUACUUUUUUUGUGCAGUUUGUCUACUUUCCUAGUGAAGUAUUUUUUGUAUAAAACCUGUUACAAUUGUGUUUCUUAAAUUGAGCCUAAGAAUGGAGUUGAUUGGAAAUAUACAGUAUAUAUUAAUAAUGUAUAUGGUGUUUAAAGAAUGGCAAGCAAUGUUAAUUUCUGUAAUGAAUAUUUUCAUCAAUUAAAUUUAUCUUAAGUUUGUGUUUA